CCAGACUCCCCCGCGGCGAGGGCUCCUCACGGGAUGCCCCGGUCGGGGCGGCGCGGGGCCGGCUCUGGCCUCCCCCGGACGCGGCGCCUCCCCGCCGGCACGCAGCAGAUGGGGGGAGGACACCGAGGCUUUGGCGGCCCCCGCUCCCCGCCCGCGCUGACCGGGCUCCCCAGGCCCGCUCCCCGAGCGCGUCUCCCCGCGCGCGGCGGGGGAAUCCCCACGCGGGGGCUGCGGGGCGCCGCGGCUGCGCCGCUCUACGCUAGGUAGGACGGACCUGCCCCCCUGCCUCUGCCCUCAUGUCCAAUAAGAAGAGACCCGGCUUGACACCUGCCUAUAUACAGGGGAGGAGAGCAGCAUCUUCAGCGCCGGUCUUUGGAGGGGGGGGUGGGGGCACCAACCCAAAACACAUCAGAUCAGAGCGGGGGGCUCGGUGAUACUAUAUAACACCCCCCCCCCCCCCCCUCCCCGAGACUAUGACUUCCAGUAAAAUUGAGAUGCCAGGGGAGGUGAAGGCAGAUCCUGCAGCUCUGAUGGCAUCUCUGCAUCUGCUGCCUUCUCCCACUCUCAACCUUGAAAUCAAAUACACCAAGAUUUUCAUCAAUAAUGAGUGGCAAAAUUCUGAGAGUGGGAGAAUAUUCCCGGUAUAUAAUCCAGCCACAGGAGAGCAGAUCUGUGAGAUCCAGGAAGCUGACAAGGUUGAUACAGACAAAGCAGUGAGGGCAGCUCGCCUUGCUUUUUCUCUCGGUUCAGUCUGGAGGAGAAUGGAUGCAUCAGAAAGAGGCCAUCUUUUGGAUAAGCUAGCAGACUUGGUUGAAAGAGACAGGGCAGUUCUUGCUACUAUGGAAUCACUGAACAGUGGCAAACCUUUCUUGCAAGCUUUCUAUGUAGAUCUUCAGGGAGUCAUAAAAACCCUGAGGUAUUACGCUGGCUGGGCAGACAAAAUCCAUGGAAUGACCAUUCCUGUAGAUGGAGAUUAUUUUACGUUUACAAGACACGAACCCAUCGGAGUGUGUGGACAGAUCAUCCCUUGGAACUUCCCCCUGCUGAUGUUUGCAUGGAAGAUUGCUCCAGCUCUGUGCUGUGGCAAUACAGUAGUUAUUAAACCAGCAGAACAAACACCACUCAGUGCUCUCUAUAUGGGAGCCCUCAUCAAGGAGGCUGGCUUUCCACCAGGAGUUGUCAAUAUUUUGCCAGGAUUUGGUCCGAUUGCUGGUGCAGCCAUAGCAUCUCAUGUUGGCAUUGAUAAAAUUGCUUUUACUGGAUCCACUGAGGUUGGGAAGCUGAUCCAAGAAGCAGCUGGAAAGAGUAAUUUGAAGAGAGUUACACUGGAGCUGGGUGGGAAAAGCCCAAACAUUAUUUUUGCAGAUGCUGAUUUGGACUAUGCUGUGGAACAAGCUCACCAAGGGGUCUUCUUCAAUCAAGGCCAAUGCUGCACUGCAGGCUCACGGAUUUAUGUGGAAGAAUCAAUCUACGAAGAGUUUGUUAAAAGAAGUGUAGAACGUGCAAAGAGAAGAGUUGUGGGGAGUCCUUUUGAUCCAACCACAGAACAAGGUCCACAGAUUGAUAAAAAACAAUACAACAAGAUCUUGGAACUGAUUCAGAGCGGCAUUACUGAAGGAGCAAAACUUGAAUGUGGGGGCAAAGGGCUAGGAAGAAAGGGCUUCUUCAUUGAACCAACGGUGUUUUCCAAUGUAACAGAUGACAUGCGGAUUGCCAAGGAGGAGAUUUUUGGGCCUGUUCAAGAAAUACUGAGAUUUAAAACCAUGGAUGAAGUUAUAGAGAGAGCCAACAAUUCUGAUUUUGGGCUGGUAGCUGCUGUCUUUACAAAUGACAUAAACAAGGCCCUGACAGUCUCUUCAGCAAUGCAGGCGGGGACAGUCUGGAUAAAUUGCUACAAUGCCUUAAAUGCCCAGAGUCCUUUUGGAGGAUUCAAAAUGUCUGGCAAUGGGAGAGAGAUGGGUGAAUGUGGAUUGAGAGAAUAUUCUGAAGUUAAAACUGUGACAAUAAAGAUCCCUCAGAAGAACUCCUAAAAUGAUGAAGAGCACGUGAUGCCACCCUCUCUAUUGCUUAUGGAGACCAGCACUCAGGAAUAAAAAGCAUUACACAAUAUAUAUUUAAAAAAUUAAGUUGCAACUUAUAUACUGGGCACAUAACUGCGUCCCUAAAGCAAACCAACUCUGCAUGUUUUCACAAAACUCUCCUGAGAACCAUUACAUCUUUAUAAAACAAAUCAUAACAAGAGAUAAAAUUGCUAUUGGGCAUCAUUUAAUAACGGUUCUAGCUAGAAAACUGUUAAAUGCAAAUGCAUGCACACACACGUUUAUCUCUUCCUUAAAUAAAGAAGUUUCACUGCUUUCAGGUUGCCUUCUCAAACAGACCUGCCUUGUACUGACAUUCUAGAUUCAAUCAUGGCUUUACAAGCCAGAUUCUACCCAAAACACGCAAUGAACAACAUAAGUAAAAUUGAUGUUCUCAAAAAUAUCAAAAACUCUGAGCAGUAAUGAGCCAAAAGCUGGUAUAUUGGCAACAUUCCAAUUAGCAUGCUCACAUAAAGAGAUCAGACUGGGGAGGGAAUCAAACCAUUAUAUGACUAAUGAAAUCCAAAUGCUUAUCAGUGAGAUUUGAAUUUCACAACCCGCAGUGAUUUCGUUUUCAGAGCUUAUUUUCAUAAUUAGUUUUUGUCUUGCAUUAAGCAAAAAUCCUCCUUCACUUACAGCAACUUGAAAGGUUUUACCUGACUGCCAAAAGAGCUUGGCCAGACAGGGUGGGAGGGUGUUAAGGAGGACAGGAACAGAUUCCCAAAGGCUUCACAGAUAAUUUCAGCUUUCACUGCUUGUCUAGCUUUGGUGUUGCUACUGUUGUUUUCACUUAUUUUAAACAACUAUAUAUGCACAUGCAGACUCCUUUUGUUUGUUUGCUGUUAAACUGUCCAUGGUAACACUGGGAAUUAAGUAUUUGUUACAGCAGGAAGAACCCAGCAAAAGCCCACCUGACAAGAAGUAAGCUUGACUUUAUAUUCUUACUAAAUGAGGACUUGCAACCCUUACCAUGCUUGUGAGCUUACUGGCUGGUACUGACUUUUCAAUUUUAUCUGUUCUCUUUUUUUUGGCCCAGGACAAAAAUAUGUGCAAGUUGUUUUAGAAGUGAGGUGUUUAAUACCUAUCACAUUAUUACUUGCUGCCCAUAGAAUCUCUUCCAACUUGUAACUAACAAACCAAACACCAUCUCUUUCUCCCUCCCAAUGGCAGAGCUCAUUGAUUCCCCGUACCUUUUUAAAAAGAGUUUUCAUUUUAUGUUUUAAAUUAGAAUUAUGAAAAUUUACUUUAAGAAGUACAGUAAAUCAUCUAUGCUGGGUAGCUCCAUUAUAUGGGAUGUAAG